GCUUCAGUAACGCGUUGGUGCCUUUAUUUCAAGAGUCUCCUGGGCGACCAUAUUAGCUGAUCGAUUGGAGCAUAAAUGAGUUAGUUUAAAGCAGCAAUAUUGCAGAGAGCAGUUCAGUUCCGGAUUUGCCAGGCUGUGUCAUAGACACGCCCAUUCGCUUAACCCAGAAAUACUACAGUUUGCUCGCAGUUGCGUCGAGACCGAAGUUUGCUGUUGCAAAGAAGGAGUUCUGUCGCUGACAGCGUCUCCUUUAGACAUUUCGUGGAGAGAAAGAUGGUGCUGUACCACAAAGAGUUUGAAAAUGCUGGAAAGGAGCCCGGAACCCAGGUCUGGAGAGUGGAAAGCUUGGAGCUGGUGCCUGUUCCGAAAAGUUUGCAUGGCAGUUUCUAUGUAGGAGAUGCGUAUCUGGUGAUGCACACCAUCGUUGUAAAAAACAACUUCUCAUACAAUCUGCAUUUUUGGUUAGGCAAGGAGUGCUCUCAGGAUGAAAGCAGCGCCGCUGCGAUCUUUACUGUGCAGAUGGAUGACUAUCUGUCAGGGAAACCGGUGCAAUACCGAGAGAUUCAAGACCAUGAAUCCAACACUUUUGUCAGCUAUUUCAAGGACGGACUGAAGUACCAGGCUGGUGGUGUGGCUUCUGGAUUUACACAUGUCAUUACUAAUGAGCUCUCUGCAAAGAGAUUGCUACACCUUAAAGGUAGGAGAGCUGUGAGAGCUACAGAAGUACAUCUCGAUUGGGCCAAUUUUAAUAAAGGAGACUGUUUCAUCAUAGAUUUGGGAGCGGUUAUUUAUCAAUGGUGUGGCUCAAAGUGCAACAGGUUUGAACGUCUAAAAGCUGCCCAGGUUGCCACAAGCAUUCGAGACAAUGAAAGAAAUGGCAGAGCACAACUUAUUGUUGUUGAAGAGGAUCAGGAGCCAAAAGAUCUUAUCAAGGUCCUUGGUGUGAAGCCAAACCUGAAGGAAGGGGAUGACGAUGAAGAUGUUGUUGCUGAUGUUUCAAACAGGAAGAUGGCGAAACUCUAUAUGGUCUCAGAUGCCACUGGGUCGAUGAAAGUGUCACUCGUGUCAGCAGAAAACCCUUUCUCAUGUGAUAUGCUUUUGUCUGAGGAGUGUUUCAUUCUGGACAAUGGGGCAGAUAAAAAAAUAUUUGUCUGGAAAGGUAAAAAUGCAAAUCCACAGGAAAGGAAGGCAGCUAUGAAAACCGCUGAGGACUUCAUAAAAAAAAUGGGCUACCCAUCUAAUAGUCAGAUUCAAGUCCUUCCACAAGGAGGAGAAACUCCUACCUUCAAACAGUUCUUUAAGAAUUGGAAAGACCUAGAUCAGAGUGAGGGUUUCGGAAAAGUAUACGUCACAGAGUCAAUCGCAAAAGUCAAGCAGAUUGAAUUUGAUGCCUCAAAGCUUCACAGCUGCCCUCAGAUGGCUGCCAAACAUAACAUGGUCGAUGACGGUUCUGGAAAAACAGAGAUCUGGCGAGUUGAGAGCAAUGGGCGGAUUCCUGUGGAACCUGAAACAUUUGGACAAUUUUACGGUGGAGAUUGUUACAUCAUUCUUUAUACAUACAAAUUGGGACAGAUUAUCUACACCUGGCAAGGAUCCAGUGCGACAUUAGAUGAACUCACCAUGUCGGCAUUCCUCACAGUCGAUCUCGACCGGUCACUUGGUGGGAGAGCUGUUCAAGUUCGCGUGGCCCAAGGAAAGGAGCCUUCUCAUUUGCUGAGUUUGUUUAAAGACAAGCCACUGAUAAUUUAUAAAAACGGAACAUCACGGAAGGGAGGUCAGACUCCUGCUCCACCGCAGCGUCUUUUCCAAGUCAGAAAGAAUCUGGCUACUAUAACAAGAAUUGUGGAGGUUGACUUCGAUGCUCGAUCCUUAAAUUCCAACGAUGUUUUCGUACUAAAGUUACCACAGGCUGCUUAUCUUUGGGUUGGAAAAGGAGCCGGUAGUGAUGAAGAGAAAGGGGCUGAAUAUUUUACCACAGUGCUGCAGUGCAAGGCAACCAGGGUUACAGAAGGCAAAGAACCUGAUGUAUUUUGGAAUUCACUUGGUGGAAAGAAAGAGUAUCAAACUUCAGCUCUGUUACAAAGUUGUGCAGAUGAUUUCCAGCCUCGCUUAUUUGCUUGCUCAAAUAAGACUGGUUGCUUCAAUAUUGAGGAAGUUCCAGGAGAAUACACUCAGGAUGAUUUAGCUGAAGAUGAUGUCAUGUUACUGGACGUCUGGGAUCAGAUAUUUGUCUGGAUUGGGAAAGAUGCCAAUGAAGUGGAGAAAAGAGAGUCAGUAAAAUCGGCAAAACAGUACAUUGAUUCAGAUCCUUCUGGAAGAGAUGACAGGACUUCAAUCAUUGUAGUGAAACAGGGAUUCGAGCCCCCAACAUUCACAGGAUGGUUCCUUGCCUGGGACGCAAACAAAUGGGCAAGAAGCAAGUGAAGAGGGCUAUGGCUUCCCUGAAAGUGGCAUAUAAUUCAACCAAGCCUAGUUAAUUGCUUUUAACAUUCCAUAAAGCUCCUAUGCAGGUCUAAUGUUGCUUUUCAAACACUUUUGUUAUACUGCUCAUAAUUUGCAAAC